AUAGAAGGGCAGGGUCAGGUCUGCAGAGAUCUCUUGAUGCCCUUUACUGAGCUAGUUCAACAUCUAAAGAACAAACUCGUAGCCACCACUUUUCUCCUGAUCUGACUGGAAGGUUUUAGAGAUCCCUUCAAAAGAGGGAACGAAACAUACCAAGAAAAUAAGCAAAGGAGACAGGCAGAAACAAACAGGAGCUGUCAGUGACAAAGAGCAAAAAGAGGGAAGCUAAAACUUCAAGGGCAGAGACCAGGGACAGAUCCAGAGACAGACUGAAAGAACUAGAGUGGGAAGAAGAGAUGGGAUUCAACACACAAGAAGGAAUCUGCUCCUUCUAAUCAGUGGACUGGAGAGGAUGAACAGAAGCUAGGAAGGAGAAAAGAUACCGAGUAGCUUGAGACAGCAAAAGGCCACAGAUCCACCCCAUGGGGAUGCAUAACUCAGUCAUUAUCUGCUUUGUUUUAGGAUGUUUCUUAUGGUUCCCCAAAGUAAGAAGUGAGGAAGGGUGUCUCAAUGCUGAAUUCUGUUCAGGUACAGAGUGGAUCCGUCUGUGGUAUAUUUGUUUUCUCUCUUCUUCCAGGCUGGUGGUUGUGAUUGGUGGACUGCUGCUGCUGUGCGGCUUGGUUUCUGUCUGCGUGAGAUGUUGUCUCACUCACUGCCGUCAGGCUGGGGAGGAAUCAGGUCUUCAACCCUAUGAGGUCACUGUCAUUGCUUUUGAUCAUGACAACACCCUCCAGAGCACCAUUACCUCUCUUCAUUCGGUGUUUGGGCCAGCUGCCAGGAGGAUCCUAGCGGUGUCACACUCCCACAACACUGCGCAGGGCACGCCACCCCUCGCAGCAUCAGACACCCCUCCAGUCUACGAGGAAGCUCUACACACAAGCAGAUUCACAGUUGCCAGGGCAGGGCAGAAAGUGCUAGACCUGGAUCCAGUGACAAAAGAAAAACUGCAGACAUCUGCCGAGGAUAAGGAUGCCCAGCCAGUCUUUGCAGAACACUAGUGCAGAACAUUAGGAAUAUCAGAUUAACCUCCUUAGUCUAAUGAAAAAGGGGGAAAAAAUGAGACUAAAAUUCCAGAUAGUUCUAGAUCCAGCGUGUUUGGAUAGCUCCUUUUUACUCCUUGAGAUAACUGACCAUUGGCAAUCCCUGGAUGCAUUUGUUAUACACACACAUCACUAGAUUCACAGAUUGCAUAUACAAGCAGGCAGCAGGAUCAAAGCACUGAGCCUUAUAGGCUGGUGCUGGAUACCUACAGGGAGAUGCUACCUCAUUCUGAUUGCCUACAGCCUGCAUUUCCUGGGGAUGGCAGAGGUUUUCAGAGAAGGAAAUGAUAAGAAAGGGUCUUGCAACCAAUAUUAAAACCAAACUCCAGGAAAGCACCAACCAUUCACAGUAAUUAAAAAAAAAAAAAAAAAAAAAGAAAAAGAGGCUACAUGUACACAAUCUGCAUGUAAGCAAAAGAUAGCAUAGUAGUAUUUACAGUUCCCUAAAUGCUCUACAGGAUAUAUAGAGGGAGUACACUCUUGUCUUGAAUAUGAUAUAUAGCAAUUCUGAAAUAGCAGUUAUAAACUCUAGUAUUUGAAUUGAAACUAUGAUGUGUGCAAUAACAAAUCAAACAAUAGAAGAAAGAACUCUAUUGUUAAAAUUUAAUUAUGUUUUAGUUGCCUUCAUAUUGUAUCACUUAUUAAUUAUUCCUACCACUGCUGUCAAAAUCAGAUCAGACUAAAGAAGAUGAUUUAAAACACUUCAGCCAUUUCUCAGAUACAAAUAAUUUGUGAGUCUUUCCUGAUCCAUAGAGAUAUGAUUAAUCACGAAUAAAUAUCCAUCAAACUGCUUGGAUGAGCACUGCUAUGGACUAACUGUUUAGUUCAGUUAGAUACUCUUGACAAAGUGAAAGUUGAAUUACAUUGGUGUUGCCUGUAACCCAGGUUCUGCAACUGAAAACAUUAAAGGAGAAUGACAUCAAAAACCAAAUAAUAAGCAGUCAUUAUUUAUUUUAUUUUUAUUACUUUAGUUAAUAAUUACUUUAUAUGUUAAUGUUGAUGUGAAUGCACAGACUGAACAUCUAUCUGAAGUGACGGCACGGCUCUUCCUACUAUUCUACCCCAAACCCCACAGACUUUAAUACAUUGAUGUUCACAACACUCCUUGUGAAAUACACAGUAAUACAGCCAUUUUGUAGAUAAGGAGAAAAAGGAGCAAGUUGCCAAAUAUGCUUAGGAAUGUAACUGCUGUUGAGAUUACAAUCAUCAAGGGAUCUAGAAAGGAAUGUUGAUAAGAUAUCUCCAGGGAUAGCGUAAAGCAGAACUGAACAACUAAAAGAUCUUCGAUCAUUUCCCAGACUUUGGCUGGUCACAGAAAUUUUGUAUCCAAGAAAAGUAUUUACUGCAGGUCUCAGUUCCCCAGCUCACCAUUGGUUUUUUUUUCCUGAAUUGCCUAGUCAUUUGCUAAUUGCAUCAGUAAUGGAUGAUAAACUUGAAUAAAAUAAAUAAGUGACAUAUAA